AUGAUCACCGUCAACGACAUCUACAUCCUCGACAACUAUCCGCGCCUGGCAACGGCGUUAGCCUCUGCACGCUCCGGGGCGGAGUCGAUUGGUGCGGUGGUGACGACGCACCUCAAUGGAGACUUCCUAAGUCCAUGCACCUUCACCGCGCUGGACGGCGGCAAGGUCAUGUCGGAGGCGCUGAUCAGAGCAAAAAUUGACUAUGUCUGCCUCGGAAACCACGAGUUCGAUAUCGGAGCUGCGGCGCUUGCGGGCAAGAUUGGGGGCAUCCACAGCACCACGUGCUUGAACUCAAACAUCGACGGCCCAGAGCUGGUAGACUUGCCCACAUUCGCCACCGUUAGCGUGGGGGCGCGCACCGCAGUCUUUGGAGGCUACGCGACCAAUGAUCUCUCCUGCUAUCGGCCCUCAUCUCGGCCAAACGUCAGCCCGAUCGAUGCGUCCGCCUUUCGGCAGACCUGGCAGCAGGCGCUAGCCUCGCUCGGGGAGAGGGCAGCCUCUGCAGCGUUGUUCGUACCGAUGACUCAUCAGCUUGUCCCUCACGACCGCGCUUCGGCCGAGAGCCUCGCGGAGGAGGACCCACAACUCGCGGCGCUGACUCCGAUCAUCCUGGGCGGCCAUGAGCACGACAUCUUUGUCGAGACGGUCGGCCGGUCCACUGUGGUCAAGGUGGGGCAGGACGCAGAACGGAUUGGGGUCGUCGACAUCUGGUGGGAUCUCGGGGGCGAGAUGCACACGCGCGUGGAGCUCCUGCCGGCCGCUGCGUUUGAGCCGGACGGGGAGGUGCUGGCAUGGGUCUCGACGCAGGCGGCUUCACUCGACAGGAUGAUGUCGGUGCCGCUCUUCGCCGUGCCUGAGCCCGCUGUUACGCGCUACUCGUCAAAGCUAGUGCGCUUCGAGGAGUCACGGCUCGCGACGCACCUCCUCUCUCUCAUCAAGCGCGGCCUGCGCCGCGAUGGCGUCGAGCUGGUGGUGCUGCAGGCGGGCGCCGUGCGCGGCAAAGCGGAUUACCAGGCCGCACCCUUCACGCUCGGCGACCUCUUCUCCGAGCUCGCCUUCGAGUGCGAGCUCGCGCUCGUGCCUCUGCCCGGAAGGGUCCUCGCAGAGUCGGUCCGGGACACACAUGAGCUCACGGAAAUCAAUGGGGCGCCGCUGGAGCCCGACCGGCUCUACAUGGUGGCGAUCUACCAGUACCUCUUGACUGGGAUGAACAGCGUCGAGCCGCUGAUGACGUAUGUCCGCGCGGGCGGUGACGAGCGCAACGCUCUUGUGGUGUGCAUGAAGGAUGCCUGGAAAGAGUUGCUCGGCGAGCAAGCUUUGGAGAGGCCCAGCUCGACCGCCACUGACGAGGGCGAGCCGACGACUGGGGAGGAUGCCAGAGAGGCGGAGAGGCCGAGGCUGCCAUCGCGCCUGUCCCACGUCUUCGCCGACGUGGCAUGCGAUCAAUCCAAGGUGAUCCGGGAGGAUGACCUGAGGAAUUUUGUGGCGCGCCGGGGCCUCGAGCGGCGCGGUACGUUGCUCCUGGCUCACAUGAUCCAGAGUCUCGACCAGGAUGGCGACGGGUGCGUGUCUCGCAAAGACUUCGACGCCCUAGUGCAGUUAUGA